AAGAGUUAGCAAGAAUAAGAAAUAUCCUAAAGUAGAUUUAGGCAAUGGGUGUGAAAAGCUUUCAUUAAAAACGCACCUCAAUAAUAUUUGGAAGUCGGUCUAUUCUAUAGAAAAUGAUAUAGAGUAUGGAGUUUUUGAUAAACUUCGUAUUAUUGAUUAUGAACUAAGUUGUAUAAACAAAGGAAAGCUACCAUGGAUAAAAUCUGAGACAGAUCCUUCUAAUUCUUGCUUACACCAAAAUAAGAGCAAGAAAGGUGGGGGUAAGUAUUCCACGGAUUCGGAUACUGACACUUCCGAUACAAGCACUUCUUAUUCCUCCAAUUCAGGUCCGGAAGGUGUAUGUAAGGCCACAGUUAUGGCUCCCAAAAAAUCCAAUAAAGACCCCGAUUCGCAACUGUCGGAGAAGCCUACCAAAUCAAGACCACCUCUUGCACGAUUGGCCAAGGACGAUAUUACAGCAAUACUUUAUGCCAAAGAGCUAAAAGGUGGGUCUAAAAAAGUUUCGGAGUGGUAUAAAAUCGGCAACCCAAAGUGUAAUAAAAUUUGGAAAUCUGAAGACCCAUACUCAUAUGCCAACUCAAUAGGUGAUCCAAAUUUGCCUGACUGGUAUCCUAAGAAUAUUAGUGAACCACCCAAUCCAACGCCCCAAGAAAUAAUUACAUCCGAGGAACCUGUUAUCAUCAAGCCUGAUCCCAUCGAAGUAAAGAGGAAGAGAAAAACAACUGAGAUGGAGAAUAUCGCGCGUCGUGUAUUGAGAUUUGAGCUAGGGAAACUGGUUAUAGAGGAGUAG